CUCACCAUGAGGAGAUGUGGAGUUCUGCUGAGAAUUUAAUCAAGAAAAAGACCAAUCCAUCAUGUUGGAGGGCAAUGAUGAAAGGUUUCUCCGCGGACCAGGAAUUUUAGUAUUAAUGCCAACGCAGGAAGGCAGAAUGGCGGAGCAAAAAAAUAAAUAAAAAGCUUUGUAUUCUGGGUAUUGUUUAAUGGAAUUAAUAAAUAAUACGCAUAAUUAAAAUCGGGUUUAUUGGUGUCUAAUGUCAAGAUAUUGAACGCGUUUUAGUCUUAACAAGUGGACGUUCUGAGGUUUACUUAGACUAUAAUUACACAAAGUUUCGAAUGACGAUUUUUAUACGUCAUCUUGUCGUAUGAAGUGCAGUAAGAUGCAUCGUUCACAUCGCGCCGUCCCCGCUGAGCCAGACUUACCGAAACCACUUAUGUGUUAGUAGGUCAGCUGCAGGACCGCUGAAGCACCGCAAGGCGAGCGAGAAGAGGAGCGGCCGGAUCGCCGCGCAGCGCCGCGCUCGUCCCCCCUCCGCCGGACUCCCGCAUGGCCUGUGCAGCAUUCACUGACGGCGAGGCCGGCGUGCGAUCGUCCCGGCUCGCGCAGCUGCCACCACCCCUGCUCAUGCCAACGCACCUCGGCGCAUCCCCCCGCGUGACAGGCUCGCGCGCCCGCGCCGCCAAAGUUUAUCUUGCGUUUAUUAAAUUCUCUGUUUCCAAGGAAACGCGACCCAGGUGAGGAGACUCUCGCUCGGAGCGGCGUCGGUUUCUCCUGCUCAGUUCGCCGUGGCUGGCGGUCUGCUCGGAUAUGAACCGGUCGAGACCGCUGCCUACAAACCGCAAAACCGACUACACAUGGGAGAGACGCUUUUCCUCCAACUUUGCCAAACUGUAGCGUCAUUUGUUAGAUUUGAGCGCAUUGCUCCAUCCGUCUCCACGUCGUCGAUUGUUUGGGGAAUACAUCCAUGCCUUCUUUCUAGAUCAGGCACGUUGUCUGUUCUCUUUUUUUGCAUUUUGUUUUUUUUUUGCCUUGCGUUUUAUUCAUUUAAUAUGAGCCGAGAGGCUGAGGUGGGUCCAGUUUGCAGGGGCACGGAGGGCGAACCACAGGGAGGCGCUGCAAUAAUCCACUCCGGCGCAGAGCGCGAUCCAAGCGAUUUGGAAGGACAUCGCGACGCGGGGAUAACCCAUGGGGAUGGGGAGGACAGCGAGCAUGUGGAUGUUAACCCUGAAGAAGGACACAGUGGAUGCCUCACCGACCCAGAUGGCGAAGCAUGCUGUUUGCCCAGCGAGGACCUUUCGGGACAGAGUCCCGGGAAGGCUGGGACGUUGCAAUCGGACUGCAGCAGCGAAACCUGCAUACCGACUCCCAGCUGUCGGAUUUGCUUCCAGGGAGCCGAACAGGGGCAGCUGCUGAACCCGUGUCGAUGUGACGGGUCGGUCCGCCACACCCACCAGCAGUGCCUCCUGAAAUGGAUCAGCGAACGGGGCUCCUGGACCUGUGAGCUCUGCUGCUACCGGUUCCAUGUUGUUGCCAUCAAGAUGAAGAAGCCCUGGCAGUGGCAGGCUAUCACCAUCACCUUGGUGGAGAAGGUGCAGAUCAUCGCCGUCUUCCUGGGUUCCCUCUUCCUGGUGUCCAGUGUCACCUGGUUGCUGUGGUCAGCCUUCAGCCCCAACGCUGUGUGGCAGCGCCGAGAUGUGCUCUUCCAGAUCUGCUAUGGCAUGUACGGUUUCAUGGACCUCGUUUGCAUUGGUCUGAUUGUCCAUGAGGGGGCAGCGGUGCACAAGGUGUUCAAGCGUUGGCGGGCGGUGAACCUUCACUGGGACGUGCAGAACUACGAUAAGGAGGCGGACGUGGAGGAGAGCAGCGGCGGCGGCAGCGGCGGCGUGGACCCGGGUUCUGGCAGGACCCUCUGGCUUCCCUUGGCCGCCUUGCAGCCCGGCUCGGCCCUACACCCCACCCAGCUGGCCGCCCGGCCCUCCCGCUGUUCACGCGCCGUCUUAUGGCUCUGCGCGGGUCUGGCAGGCCCGCAGGACUCUGAGGCUGACGCCGGCGAGGUGGUUAUCCGCGUGACGUCUGUGUAGCCCCAUCCGCAGGGACGGCCUCUUCUUUUUCACUGUGAUGGGGCCCCUCCCUUCACCGGGGCCCCAACCCCUGACCCCUCAGCGUAGAGGAAGUACGAUCCAGGCGAUGUCCAAUCAAAACAAUGGGUGUCCAGCGAAGAGGACAAUGGGGUUUUAUGGUGAUGCUCUUUGGUCUUGCAGGCGAACGUACGGUAAACGAUUUUGUUUGGGUAGAAACCCUUCCCAGUGGUGAUUGAAUGGGAAUUGAUGUAAGCAGCAGCUUGACUCGUGCCGGAGUCGGCUGGCCUGUGAUUGAGCGGCGUGUCGGUGAUGUACAGACUCCCCCUCCUGUCCGCCGGUGCAGUAGGUACCAUGUCACCUAACCUCCCCUGCGGUUUGCCAUGGAAACCAUUCCAGCCCCAUUCAGCCAUGGCUAAGUCAGCAGUAUCUUUCAGCCUUUAUUUAUAACCCCCCAGGGAGGGUGUCUCUUUUCUUCCCCUAAAGUUAGGAGAUAGCCUGAUGUGUCUGUUCUGUUCACAUACCGGACAUUUAGAUGCCCAUGCUUCAGGGUUGCUGGCUGCAGCGUGUAACAGCCCUAAUUGGAUUCUUUGUGACAGGGAGGCUAAUUCUAUUCCCUCCGAAUCGCUGCUUCCUUGGAAAUGAGCGCCAUGGGCUAGACGCCCACACGCCGACCGGCUCAGGAAGGGGGGUGGGUUUUAAUAGGUCCUACCCACGAGUCGGCAAGCGGUUAAUCAUUCAUUGAGAUUAAACGUGUCAUUCAGAGCCUGCAAACGCGGCGGCGAGGAUCCCACUCCCCUGUCCGGCGCUGAACAGGUGCCUUGAUUUUAGUGUUAAUGAGGCGAGGUCCAUGGGGGCCGGAGGCCAGCGACUCGAGGGGAAACCGGAGACUGACGUCGCCAUGGCGCCCGUAACAGGAUGACGCCCUUCGCAUUCCCGACAUGGCAUGUCGUCUCGCCCCCCCCCGGAACCAUCGACGGGGGCUCCCCUGUGGUAGGCGUGGUUCAGAUCUCCACAACUCUGUGCGGGUAACUGCUUACGGGUGAUUCUCUAGACAGGAAAAGGCCUGGAAGGGGCAGGUAUUGAGCUGAGACCCAAUGAAGCUCACUCCUUUUUUUCGUAAUUCACAUUUUCGGCAAAGUCGUUCCGUACAGUUUGGGCUUUGGUGGUGGGGGGUUCCCUGAGGAGUGUGCCAUAAUUGAUGUCGGUAAUUAGUUCAGGUGUGGUGAUCGGAUUUAACAGAACAGGGACCCGCCAGCCAGGUCCCAAAAUCACUCUGCUCCAGAUAUGCGAUGACAACGGUCAUUACAAAGAGUGAGUGACAGCGGGGGGGUGACCCGUGCGCCGUGUGAGUGCGGAUGGACUUGGCAGG